GAGCGCGGCGCUGGUCUUCGACGUCGGUCCUGUGAACAGUUCGGUGUGCCAGCUGAAGUGAACCGUCGCUCUCUUACCCGCUCAGGACCUCCUGUGACCCUGGAUCACAUGUACUGAAGGAAGGGCAGAACAACAUGUCUGGUUGAACCGAUUCGUUCUGCUCCAGCUCAGGGACCGAUGCUUUAGCCGCGGGCUCCCGGGACUCAGGGCGACUCCAGGCGGGCGGAACAACUCAAAAGACUACUCGGUGUUUCCAUCACCUUGUUGUAAAACGAAUAGGGUUUUCAGCAUCAACAUUAAUCCACAAGAAGAGAAUCACGAUGAGCAAACCUGCAAACUCAACAAGUGGCUGUUUGGAUAUUUUGAAUGUCAAAUCUAGUCGCAUCCUGGACAUCCCGUGCAAAGUGUGCGGGGACCGCAGCUCGGGGAAGCACUACGGGGUGUACGCCUGCGACGGCUGCUCGGGCUUCUUCAAGAGGAGCAUCCGGAGGAACCGGACCUACGUUUGUAAAUCUGGCUCUCAGGGAGGAUGUCCGGUUGACAAGACGCACAGAAACCAAUGUCGAGCGUGCCGCUUGAAAAAGUGUCUGGAAGUAAACAUGAAUAAAGACGCCGUUCAGCACGAGAGGGGCCCCCGGACCUCCACCAUCCGCAAACAGGUGGCCCUAUACUUCCGGGGCCAUAAAGAGGUAAACGGGUCCUCGACCCAUUUCACUGCCUCCUCCAUGCCGGGACCGCCGUUCUUCACCACCGUCACGCAACUGGAGCCUCAUAAUUUGGAGAUGAGCACCGUGGCCUCGACGCCGGAGCGGCAGGCCAUCGUCGGGCUGGCCCAACCGACCCCGAAGUACCCCCACGAGGUCAGCGGCGCGCCCCUCUACCUCUACGAGGUCGCCACGGAGUCCGUGUGCGAGUCGGCGGCGCGCCUCCUGUUCAUGAGCAUCAAGUGGGCCAAGAGCGUACCCGCCUUCUCCACGCUGCCGCUGUCCGACCAGCUGAUCCUGCUGGAGGACGCCUGGAGGGAGCUCUUCGUCCUGGGCAUCGCGCAGUGGGCCAUCCCCGUGGACUCCAACACGCUGCUGGCGGUGUCUGGAAUGAACCCGGACAACACAGAAUCUCAGCGGCUGAACAAGAUCAUUGCGGAGAUCCAAGCCCUGCAGGAGGUCGUGACGCGGUUCCGCCAGAUGCGCCUCGACGCUACCGAGUUCGCCUGUCUGAAGUGCAUCGUGACUUUUAAAGCUGUUCCCACUAACGGCAGCACGGAGUUAAGGAGUUUCCACAAUGCCAGUGCCAUCGCUGCCCUCCAAGACGAGGCGCAGCUCACGCUCAACAGCUACAUCCAUACCAGGUACCCCACUCAGCCCUGCCGCUUCGGGAAGCUGCUGCUGUUGCUGCCCGCGCUGCGCUCCGUCAGCUCCUCCACCAUAGAGGAGGUAUUCUUCAAGAAGACCAUUGGCAACGUGCCCAUCACGAGGCUGCUCUCCGACAUGUACAAGUCGAGCGAUAUAUGAUUUUCUUUUAUCAGUUUCUUCUUCAACAAUUGUCAAGCGGCAGAACAAUAUUGGGACAUGACUGCGAGCCCGAGCAGGCGUCCGCAGGGAUGGACGUUUGAGGAGCACAAAUUAUUUGAUUGGUUGAUGAUGGAAAGACGAUAAGAAGGUUAAUAUGGGUUUUCCUGAGGAGGAAAAGACUGUUAAACAGCCAGAUUUGACCAAGUAGCCUGUUAAAUGUUGCUCUUCUUGGGUGAAGGAUAGCCUGUAACUUUCACCAUACAUUUGCCCUUCAGGAGAAUAGGUCUUCACUACUGAGGAGAAACAAAGGCUAAAUGUGGGCGUGGCCUAAUGACUGGGACGAAGAAAAAAAGAAAAAGAUGGUUUGACAAUGAAACUUUAAAUCCUUUUCGAGUGUCUGUAAGACCAAUGAGCUGGUUGACCAAUGCCCUUUCAAUCACAUAUUGCUGUGUCAAAUCUGAAUGGAGGAAAACCAAAAACGGAGGACGCAUGCAUCGCCGACCGUGCAGAGGGGACGAGGCGCUCUCCCUUUGACCCAGUGCUGAAACCAAACGCGCUGCGGACCGCCGCGCAGGCCCUCAUGGACACGAGAAAACUUCUAGAACGAGUAGAAAAAUACCUGCAUCUUUACCUUAACUACAAAAUAUAACAUUGCAUCGGAAUUUAUCAGUGUUUAGUGUUGUCACGAAUUGUGUUGGUUAUGUUCAAUCCGAGGAGCCCUAUUAAAAUGUUUAGGUCGACUUUUUGAAGUUAGACACUAACACAGGUUAUAGCCUUUAUAUAUAUAUACAUAUAUAUAUAUAAAUAAAUAUACAUAUAUAUGUUUAUAUGUUUGUAUAAAAAUCAGCACUUGGAAAAUGUU